CUGAACUACUAAUUUUUCAAGGUAACAGAACAUUACAAACUUUUUGAUAAUAAUAACAAUUUAUUGGAAGCCCUUUACUGAUACUUUUUUAUUUGAUUUGAACUAUAAAAUGUCACGGAAAUCAUCGCUUUCACAACCAACUAAGAAUACAAGACAUGUCAAUAAAGGUUUAUCACAGCGAACAAUUACGAGUGCGUUUGCUGAAUCAGAUAUCAGUGAUGCCGACUUGCUGGAAUAUGCACACAAUGUUGUUCGGUACAUAUUGUUUAAAGGAGCUGAAUCCUGCUUUAUUGGAAAAAAAGAAAUACUUAAAAACGUCAUGUUUAAAUAUGGUAAAUAUUUCGAGAAAGUCAUGGAAAAAACUAUUAGUAUUUUGCACACGUGUUAUGGAUUUAAUUUAUUGGCAGUUGAUGCUACAAGUCAAACAAAGGGUUAUAUACUAAGUAAUGCUUUACCACAAAUUAGUGCACUGAGAGAUUCUGAAUAUAAUGAAGAAAUACCAGAUGAUGCAAACAAGGUAUUAUUGUUGCUCAUUCUUAGUCACAUUUUCAUGUCCACUGAAUCUGUUACAGAAGCUUCUUUAUUUGGAUUUCUAAAUAAACUGGGCAUAGACGUGAAUGUGAGUCAUGAAGUAUUCGGAAGUGUUAAGGACUGUAUCACAAAUGAUUUCAUCAAACAAAAGUAUUUACAAACUGAGGAAGAUACAGUAACCAAACAAUUACAUUAUAUGUGGGGCAUACGGUCUGAGAAGGAAAUAUCUAAAAUGGAUGUACUCAAAUUUGUUUGCAAAAUGUGUAAUGAUAAAUCUCCUGAAACAUGGGAUUAUCAGUAUUCUGUAGCACAGCAACAACAAUUUAAAAAUAUUAAGAUUACUCAAAAUGAAGAACCUCAUGACGACGAAGACAACGAGUAUUAAAAUUAUAUAUAUAUAUAUAUAUAUAUAUAUAUAUAUAUAUAUAUAUAUAUAUAUAUAUAUAUAUAUUAUUUUAUUUUAAAAGUUUAGCUAAUAAAAUUUUAUACAAG